AUGGCUGCACCCCUUCUUGCACCGCCAGGACCUGACAGCUUCAAGAAGUUUACUGUGGAAUCUUUGGCGGCCCUUGAGCAGCGCAUCAACGAGGAGAAGAACAAGAAGCCGCCGAAGCAGGACAGCAGUUACCGCGAUGAUGACGACGAUAACAAACCCAAGCCUAACAGCGACCUGGAGGCUGGAAAAAGCUUGCCCUACAUCUACGGGGACAUCCCUCGAGGAAUGGUGGCGGUACCACUGGAGGACCUGGACCCCUACUACCUGAGCACUCAGAAAACAUUUAUAGUGAUAAAUAAAGGGAAGACAAUCUUCCGCUUUAGUGCCACACCUGCCUUGUACUUCAUAAGUCCUUUUAAUCUGGCUAGGCGAAUAGCUAUUAAAAUUUUGAUACAUUCUCUUUUCAGCAUGAUCAUUAUGUGUACAAUUUUGACCAACUGUAUAUUCAUGACGUUUAGUGAUCCUCCCGAAUGGUCAAAACAAGUAGAGUACACGUUCACGGGGAUUUACACUUUUGAAUCGCUUGUUAAAAUCUGCGCACGAGGAUUCUGUAUAGAUGGGUUCACGUUCCUUAGAGACCCGUGGAACUGGCUGGAUUUCAUGGUCAUUUCUAUGGCGUAUAUAACAGAGUUUGUAAACCUAGGCAAUGUCUCAGCUCUGCGCACGUUCAGGGUGUUGAGGGCAUUGAAAACUAUUUCUGUAAUUCCAGGCCUGAAGACCAUUGUGGGCGCCUUGAUCCAGUCGGUGAAGAAGCUAUCGGAUGUGAUGAUCCUGACCGUCUUCUGCCUGAGUGUCUUUGCCCUCAUCGGCCUCCAGCUCUUCAUGGGCAACCUGCGGCACAAGUGUGUGAUCUGGCCCAUCAACGCCACUGAGAAUUACCUGGCCAACGGCAGCAAGGGCUUUGACUGGAACGAGUACAUCAUGAAUGACACCAAUUUCUACUUCCUACCUGGCCAACUGGAUGCUCUUCUUUGUGGGAACAGCUCAGACUCUGGCCGCUGCCCAGAGGGCUAUACAUGCAUGAAAGCUGGGAGGAAUCCAAACUAUGGCUACACCAGCUUUGACAGCUUCGGCUGGGCCUUCCUGGCUCUCUUCCGUCUCAUGACACAGGACUUCUGGGAAAACCUCUACAUGCUGACGCUGAGGGCAGCGGGGAAGACCUACAUGAUCUUCUUUGUUCUGGUGAUCUUCGUGGGCUCCUUCUACCUGGUGAAUCUGAUCCUGGCUGUGGUGGCCAUGGCCUACGAGGAGCAAAACCAGGCUACCAUGGAGGAAGCUAUCCAGAAGGAGGAGGAGUUCAAGGCCAUGCUGGAGCAGCUCAAGAAGCAGCAGGAGGAAGCCCAGACUGCUGCCAUGGCGACCUCUGCAGGCACGGUGUCAGAGGAUGCGGUGGAGGACGACGGAGGCGGCCACUUGUCCUGCAGCUCCUCUGAGAUGUCCAAACUGAGCUCUAAGAGUGCCAAAGAGCGUCGUAACCGAAAGAAGAAGUGGCGUCAGAAAGAGCAGGAGAAGGAGAAAGGGGACAGCGAGAAGUUCGUCAAGUCUGAGUCGGAUGACGGCAGCAAAAGGAGCCGCUUCCGUUUCCCUGACAACCGCCUGGGCCGAAAGUCUUCCAUCAUGAACCAGUCUCUUCUCAGUAUCCCAGGCUCCCCCUUCCUCUCCCGCCACAACAGCAAGAGCAGCAUUUUCAGCUUCAAGGGCCGCAGCAAGGAUGUGGGCUCGGAGAAUGAGUUUGCCGACGAUGAACACAGCACGGUGGAGGAGUGUGAGGAGCGUCGUGGCUCCCUGUUCAGCCCUUACCGGCGGAGCAGCUACAGCGGUUACCACGGCAAGAGGAACAGCACGGUGGACUGCAACGGCGUGGUGUCACUGAUUGGCCCUGGGCCCGGUGGACGCCUUCUGCCUGAGCCCACUACUGAGGUUGAGGUGAAGAAGAAGCUGUCGGGCUCCCUGAUGGUGUCUGUGGACCAGCUCAAUACCUCCUUUGGGCGGAAAGAGCGGGCCAACAGUGUCAUGAGCGUCAUUACCAACACACUAGUGGAGGAAUUGGAGGAGUCUCAGCGCAAGUGUCCGCCAUGCUGGUAUAAGUUUUCUAACACAUUCCUGAUCUGGGAGUGCUCCCCUAUGUGGCUGAAGAUCAAGGAGAUUGUCAACCUGAUUGUCAUGGACCCCUUCGUGGACUUGGCCAUCACCAUCUGUAUUGUCCUCAACACCCUAUUCAUGGCCAUGGAACACUACCCCAUGACCCCCCAAUUUGAACAUGUGCUGUCAGUUGGAAAUCUGGUGUUCACGGGGAUCUUUGCGGUGGAGAUGUUUGCCAAGCUGGUUGCCAUGGAUCCGUAUUAUUACUUCCAGGAAGGCUGGAACUGUUUUGAUGGUUUCAUUGUCACACUGAGUUUAGUGGAGCUGGCUCUGGCCGACGUGGAGGGCCUGUCUGUUCUGCGGUCAUUCCGAUUGCUGAGAGUGUUCAAGUUGGCCAAGUCCUGGCCCACCCUCAACAUGCUGAUCAAGAUCAUCGGUAACUCGGUGGGAGCUCUCGGGAACCUGACUCUGGUGUUGGCCAUUAUCGUCUUCAUCUUUGCCGUAGUGGGCAUGCAGCUGUUUGGCAAGAGCUACAAGGACUGUGUGUGUAAGAUUGCCCAAGAUUGCGAGCUGCCUCGCUGGCACAUGAAUGACUUCUUCCAUUCCUUCCUGAUUGUGUUUCGGGUGCUGUGCGGUGAGUGGAUCGAGACCAUGUGGGACUGCAUGGAGGUGGCGGGCCAGGCCAUGUGCCUCAUUGUCUUUAUGAUGGUCAUGGUCAUUGGUAACCUAGUGGUGCUGAACCUGUUCCUUGCCUUGCUGCUGAGCUCAUUUAGCGCUGACAACUUGGCCGCAACAGAUGACGACGGUGAACCCAACAACCUGCAGAUCUCGGUCAUGCGCAUCAAGAAAGGCAUCGCCUGGAUCAAGGCCAAGGUGCGGCUGCUGGUGGCCAGCCUGAUGAAGAAGCCACCUGUGGAAGAUGAACAGAAGCCCCUGGAUGACAUGUACGACAAGAAGCUCAACUGCAUCGCUAACCACACCGGCGUGGACAUCAACCGCGACCUGGACUAUGUCAAAAAUGGUAAUGGCACCACCAGCGGCAUUGGGAGCAGCGUGGGCAAGUAUAUGAUCGAUGAGGACCACAUGUCUUUCAUCCACAACCCCAACCUGACUGUCUGCGUGCCCAUAGCUGUUGGAGAGUCAGACUUUGAGAACCUAAACACGGAGGAUUUCAGCAGCGAGUCGGAUAAUGAGAACAGCAAAGAGCUGGAUGACACCAGUUCGUCUGAGGGCAGCACCAUAGACAUCAAGCCAGAUGUAGAGGAGGUGAUUGUGGUGGAGACGGUGGAGGAAUACUUGGACCCAGAUGCCUGUUGGACAGAUGCUUGUGUGGCCAAGUACAAGUGCUGCGACGUGCCCAUCACUCACGGCUGGGGGAAGAGCUGGUGGUUCCUAAGAAAGACCUGUUAUCUGAUCGUGGAGCACAACUGGUUUGAGACUCUGAUCAUCUUCAUGAUUCUCCUUAGUAGCGGCGCCCUGGCCUUUGAGGAUGUGUACAUUGAGCAGAGGAAGACCAUCCGGAUCAUUUUGGAAUACGCUGACAGGGUUUUCACCUAUAUCUUCAUCUUGGAGAUGUUGCUGAAAUGGGUGGCCUAUGGUUUUGUCAAGUAUUUCACCAACGCCUGGUGUUGGCUGGACUUCUUCAUUGUGGAUGUGUCUAUAGUCAGCCUUGUAGCUAAUGCGCUGGGCUACUCCGAUCUAGGGCCCAUUAAAUCACUCAGGACACUAAGGGCCUUGAGACCCCUCAGAGCCUUGUCACGUUUUGAAGGGAUGAGGGUGGUAGUCAACGCCUUGGUGGGUGCCAUCCCUUCCAUUAUGAAUGUGUUGCUGGUUUGCCUCAUCUUUUGGCUGAUUUUCAGUAUCAUGGGGGUCAACCUGUUUGCGGGCAAGUACUACUACUGUUUCAACGAGACGUCAGAGGCGUACUUUGAAGUGAACGUGGUCAACAACAAGACUGAGUGCUUUGCCCUCAUUAACCAAAACUUUACGGAGGUCAGGUGGAAGAAUGUCAAGAUCAAUUUUGACAAUGUGGGUGCCGGCUACCUGGCCCUGCUACAAGUGGCUACUUUCAAAGGCUGGAUGGACAUUAUGUAUGCGGCUGUGGAUUCCAGACAGGUGGAAGACCAGCCAAUCUAUGAAGACAACAUCUACAUGUACAUCUACUUUGUGAUUUUCAUUAUCUUCGGCUCCUUCUUUACCCUCAACCUCUUCAUUGGUGUGAUCAUUGAUAACUUCAACCAGCAGAAGAAAAAGUUUGGGGGUCAGGAUAUCUUCAUGACAGAGGAACAAAAGAAAUACUACAAUGCCAUGAAAAAACUGGGUUCCAAAAAGCCACAAAAACCGAUUCCUCGGCCACAGAACAAGAUCCAGGGAAUGGUGUUUGACUUUGUGACACAACAGGUCUUUGACAUCUCCAUCAUGAUCCUCAUCUGCCUAAACAUGGUCACCAUGAUGGUGGAGACAGACGAUCAGUCUGAUGAGACGGAGAAUGUGCUUUACUGGGUCAACUUUAUCUUUAUUGUGGUCUUCACCACCGAGUUUGUGCUGAAGCUCUUUGCCCUGCGCCAUUACUACUUCACCAAUGGCUGGAACAUCUUUGAUGUGGUGGUGGUCAUUCUGUCUAUUGUGGGUAUGUUCCUGGCUGACAUUAUUGAGAAAUACUUUGUGUCACCGACCCUGUUCAGGGUGAUCAGGUUAGCCCGUAUUGGUCGUAUCCUCCGUCUGAUCAAAGGAGCUAAGGGAAUCCGCACUUUACUCUUUGCGCUGAUGAUGUCACUGCCAGCCCUCUUCAACAUUGGCCUACUGCUCUUCCUGGUCAUGUUCAUCUUCUCCAUCUUUGGCAUGUCUAACUUUGGCUACGUAAAACAUGGAGCAGGCAUAGAUGACUUGUACAACUUUGAGACCUUCGGAAACAGUAUGAUAUGCCUGUUCAUGAUCACCACAUCAGCUGGCUGGGAUGGCCUGCUGCUGCCCAUCCUCAACUAUCCUCCAGACUGCAACCCCCAACUGGAGAACCCUGGCACGACGGUGAAGGGCGACUGUGGAAACCCCUCAGUGGGCAUCUUUUUCUUUGUCAUGUACAUCAUCAUCUCUUUCCUCAUUGUAGUAAACAUGUACAUCGCCAUCAUCCUGGAGAACUUCAGUGUGGCCACAGAAGAGAGUGCCGACCCGCUCAGUGAGGAUGACUUUGAGACCUUCUACGAGAUCUGGGAGAAGUUUGACCCCACAGCUUCCCAGUUCAUCACCUUCGCCAAACUGUCCGACUUUGCCGACACGCUGGAGCACCCACUUCGUGUGCCUAAACCCAACACCAUCGAGCUCAUCGCCAUGGAUAUGCCCAUGGUGAGCGGAGAUCGUAUUCACUGCCUGGACAUUCUGUUUGCUUUCACCAAACGUGUGCUGGGUGACAGCGGUGAGCUGGAUAUGUUGCGGCAGCAGAUGGAGGAGCGUUUUGUGGCGGCCAACCCCUCCAAGGUGUCGUAUGAACCUAUUACCACAACCCUCCGCCGCAGGCAGGAAGACGUUUCUGCCCGGAUCAUCCAGAACGCCUACCGUGCUCACCUCAUUCGGCGUGGUAUCAUCUUCAAACGUCAGACUUUCACCAACAAUAAGCUUGAGAACGGCGGGACCAACCAAGAGAAGAAAGAGAGCACCCCCUCGACAGCCUCUCUUCCAUCGUAUGACAGCGUGACCAAACCUGACAAGGAGAAGCAAGACGAGAAUGAGGAAAAGAGUGGAAGGAAAGAGAAGGACAGAAAUCACAAAGAUGAGCGGGAAUCUAAGUGUUAG